UUGGUCCCUCGGCAUGGGGCGGUGACAUUCUAUCAAAAAUGAUCAAAAAUAACCCCACCUUUAGAAAAGUCUAAAAAUUGUAGUGUCAUGUAGUUUUCACAACAUUAAAGUAAUCAAAUGUCAAAUUAAAUUUAAACAAUCAGUGAAAAUUUGGGAAAGGUUUUGAUAUUUCGCUAGGUUCAUUGAUUAAGUGACAGAUAUGAUGGCUCUCCGAAUUAUGCAUUACUUCUUUAAUUCAUUACAAAGUAUUUUCAAUGAUGAUGGACCCAAGAAGAUCUUCGAAGAAUUCAAUAUGACGGAGAAAUCAUCUAAUCCGAGAUACGUUUUGAUCGAGGAUGAAAAAAUGUACAAACAACUGAUUGAUUCCAAGAACUUAACAGUCAUCCACUUCUUCGCCCCCUGGUCUGAACUAUGUGGUCAGAUGUGUGACGCAAUCGAAGAAAUGUUAAAGUUAGACGACUUCAAAGAAGUGAAUUUCGGAAAAAUCCAAGCAGAAGAUCUCCCGGAAAUUUCCAUAAAAGACGGUGUUGCGGCAGUGCCGACCGUAAUUCUUUACAAAAAUGGUAACAUAGUCGACCGAGUAGAUGGUGUGAAUCCAGUGGCCCUAGUUGAAAAAACAAGGAAACAAUUGUCAUCGGAUUCGCCACUUGGCUCCUGGGAAAUGCCAGCUGUAAAUCUUGAAGCUAGACUGAAAAAACUCAUCAAUCAGCAUCCCUGCAUGCUCUUCAUGAAAGGAAACCCGGCCACUCCUCGGUGUGGAUUUUCGAGAACAAUAGUCGCCCUUCUUGAUAGUUACAAGGCGGAUUAUCAAACUUUCGAUAUUCUCGAGGACAAUGUCGUGAGGGAAGGCCUCAAGAAAUUCAGCGACUGGCCAACGUAUCCUCAACUCUACAUUAAAGGAGAACUGAUCGGUGGUUUGGAUAUUGUCAAGGAAUUGAGCGAGUCUGGAGCCUUAGAAGAAAUGUUACCCAAGAAAUCUAGCGUUGAAGAUAGAUAAAAAAGGACAACUCAGCUCUUCUAUUUUUUUAAGAUGUCAAGUUUAAUUAAUUGAUAAUUGUAAGCCUAUCUAUUAAUUUUCCGAGCUUUCCGUCAGUAGUUUAAUAAAUUAUUAAUAUCUA